AUGUCGCGUCUCUUUUCGCAGUUCACAGAAGACACGGACUCACUGACGUGCCCUCCACAAAAACGCAGGAAGAGCACGGGCCUCAAUACACGAUUCGAUCACAUGAUACAGACUAUGAAUGUUGUCCAUCGUUCCCCAAAACGCCGUCGUGCCCGCUCUGCUUCUUCAGCCUCUGGCAGCAGUAUUCCCAAGACUCCGAUUGACGAUUAUGCCUCUCACCAUGGACGGCUUGGCUCUCAAUUCUCAGUUCUAAAGCUCGAUACAAAUAGAAAUAGUGGGUGGAAUGAGUCUUCGUCCGAUCCUAUCGAGUCUCCUUCCACUACUUCUUCAAUCCUUCCAACGUGGCUUGCCGAUACAUUUUCUACUCUCAACGCUGGUCAUCCACUACGUUUACUUCUACCACCCAAGUCAGAACCGUCCACCACAGGCAACACAAAAGACGACAAUCCCUUCUUUAUUACAAUGCUGAAAGAAUCGAGCCCUUCAGUUCUCGAAUACGAACCUCAUCCAACAACACAUUCAAGCCCAUUGCCAUUUUCUACUGCAGGACCAUGCUCCACUAUCGCAAUACCCGUCGACCCACCAAUGGAAGAACAUGCUCCGUUUUCUAUCCCAGGCCACCAGCUUCUGCCUACCACUCCUUCACAAUCGAACACUUUCGCCCACCUAAGUCCGGUCUUCGCUCUCCCAUCGCUCUCCCCGCAACCUACAGAAGAUAUUCCAGAUUCUGCUGUGUUUCUGAGUGAUCUGCAUGACCCGCCUCCCAAUGCUGACGACGACGAUCUAAUAUCCUUUCACACGCCCUCUGACCGUAAUCCACAUCGAAUGGUUUAUUUUGAUUCACCUGCCGAUGACCCGAUAUAUUCCGACCCUCUUGAUGUUGGUUACGAACUUGACUCUCUGGACUUUCAAUGGACACCUUUCAUCCAACAGGCCGGUGCCAACAAUUUUGAUUCCUCAAACAAUGUUUUGGACCCGGAGCCACUUGCCGUGUCUAACAGCGACGAUCCAGUCUAUGAAAUUCAAGGCGAGCUGACGCGAGAGUGUGAUGACGAUGCUGUACCUGAGGACGCCGCAUUGCCCCCUUCUCGAUUUGCCUUCUGGCCGCCUGCCACAUCUACUUCGACGUCUGCUACCAAUCCUAAUGAUACUCUUCCUGCUUCUCCAGAGCGCAGCCCACCAGAAAGUCCUCAUGCCGAGCCCAAAUUCUUCGCUCCGGCACCUGGAAUCUACAUUUCACCUCUACGAGGCGACCCUCACUUGCAACACGCUUCUCAGACCUCUAAUGACUCUAUUGAAGAUUGGGAGGACGACGACACAGCCGAUUAG